GCCUCCCCGCCCCCGGCAGAUGCACUGGUUGAUGCAGCUCCUUUCCCAGCCGGCCUCCCGACUGAGACCGCUCUCACGUGAAAUGCCUCGGAUUAUAGCCGCUCUGCGCCGAAUAACAGCUCAGUUAUUGCAGCUGUGAUAGACAAUGGCACAAGUUAAAAUGCAGACUGCAGCAAACCUCUCUGGACCUACCCUUCCCCCUCCGGUGCUAUCCCCAUCAGUAACAAAUGCAAGUUCAUUGGGUCUGCAGGCCUCAAUGAAUGGAUCCAUUUCAGAAUCAGUUGCCAGCUGUAACAGUCCAACAGCUGGUCUUGUGGAUUCUGCACCUUCUAGCAACUCACCAGCUCCUCUCCAAGAUAACAUGGCAAACCCCAAAGAGAAAACUCCAAUGUGUCUGGUAAAUGAGUUAGCCCGUUUCAAUAGAGUUCAACCCCUGUAUAAGCUUCUGAAUGAAAGAGGGCCUGCUCAUGCCAAGAUGUUCACAGUGCAGCUGAAUCUUGGAGAGCAGACGUGGGAAGCAGAAGGGAGCAGUAUUAAAAAGGCUCAACAUGCUGCUGCUAGCAAAGCUUUGAACAAAACAAACCUUCCCAAACCAACUCCCAGACCACCCAAAAAUAACAUUAAUAAUAACCCAGCAGAAGCUGCUGAACUGCACGUGAAUACAUUUACUUCUGCAAGACUCACCUCUGAAGGUAAAGGCAGUAUAACUCCAACAGUGGAGCUGAAUGGUCUGGCUAUGAAAAGGGGAGAGCCUGCCAUCUACAGGCCACUAGAUCCAAAGCCAAUCCCAAACUAUAGAGCAAAUUACAACUUCCGGGGCAUGUACAAUCAGAGGUAUCACUGCCCAGUGCCUAAGAUUUUUUAUGUCCAAUUGACUGUUGGCAACAGUGAGUUUUUUGGUGAAGGAAAGACUCGUCAAGCUGCUAGACACAAUGCUGCAAUGAAGGCCCUUCAAGCUCUCCAGAAUGAACCUAUCCCAGAAAAAUUACCUCAGAAUGGAGAGGCAGGAAAGGAAACGGAAGAAGAAAAAGAUGCAAACAAAUCUGAGAUCAGCAUAGUGUUUGAAAUUGCCUUGAAGCGCAACAUGCCCGUCAGUUUUGAGGUGAUUAAAGAAAGUGGCCCUCCACACAUGAAGAGCUUUGUUACUCGAGUUUCAGUAGGAGAGUUUUCUGCAGAAGGAGAAGGAAACAGUAAGAAACUUUCAAAGAAACGCGCUGCAAUGGCUGUCUUACAAGAACUCAAAAAACUUCCGCCUCUUCCUGUGAUUGAAAAGCCAAAACUUUACUUUAAAAAACGCCCCAAAACAAUAUUAAAGACUGGACCAGAAUAUGGUCAAGGAAUGAACCCCAUUAGCCGCUUGGCUCAAAUCCAGCAGGCCAAAAAGGAGAAGGAGCCAGAGUAUAUUCUUCUUUCAGAGAGAGGGAUGCCUCGUCGCCGAGAGUUUGUUAUGCAGGUCAAAAUAGGCAGUGAAAUUACUACUGGAACAGGCCCCAACAAGAAAAUAGCUAAAAGAAAUGCAGCAGAAGCGAUGUUGUUACAGCUUGGUUAUAAAGCCUCCACUCCUCUUCAAGAUCAACCAGAAAAGCCAGGGGAAAACAAAGGCUGGAAUGGCCAAAAUGUUGGGUUUCCUGAGCCAACGAGUAACACACCAAAGGGAAUUCUCCAUCUCUCACCUGAUGUUUAUCAAGAGAUGGAAGCAAGCCGCAACAAAGCAGCCCCUGGCACUACUGGAAGCUAUUUGUCAUCCAAAGAAAUGAGCCAGACUUCUAGCUCUUUCUUCAGCAUAUCUUCUACUACUAAUAGUACAGCUACAAUUGCCAGGGAACUCCUUAUGAAUGGAACAUCCCCGACUGCAGAAGCCAUAGGUCUAAAAGGAAUAUCUCCUGCUUCCCCCUGUUCUGCAGUGCAGCCUUCAAAACAGCUGGAGUAUUUGGCAAGGAUUCAAGGCUUUCAGGUACACUACAGUGAUAGACAAAAUGGCAAAGAGUGUAUGACCUGUUUGACACUGUCUCCUGUGCAGAUGACUUUCCAUGGUAUCGGAAGCUCCAUUGAAGCCAGCCAUGACCAGGCAGCUUUAAGUGCCUUGAAACAGUUUUCGGAACAGGGACUGGAUCCAGUGGAAGGGGCUAUGAAGGUUGAAAAUGGAACACUUGAAAAACAAGUCAAGCAUCUGGGAGAGAAAGCAGACAAUAAACAGACUAACUCAGGCACCAUUGCUCAGGACUGCAAGGAUUCAAAGGCUGUCGUCUAGGAGCUUCCCAGCACCCACGGCCGCCACUGCAUCCUUAUAAACCUGUCAACACGCAAUAGGGUGUAUGUGUACAAGGAAAUGAAUGACUAAUACCAUUAUUUGAGUCUUAUGUGAAGACAACACUAUUCUAACACAAGAGAUAGUAUACAUGGUACUGUUUAUUCAACUGGGGGGAAAUAAAAUUGAGCAUUUCCCUCAGAACUUGAGAUCAGAUCAUAACUCAAUUGCACAGAGGCAGCAGAAAUCUGAUCAUGUUACUGGAACUUAAAAUAACAAUUAAUUAACAAAGUGUUAUGAAAAAAAGGUAAAGUUUAAAACUGAUUAAUAUGAGUCAGCAUUGAUUCAGUUACACAUUUUUUUCAUAGUGUAGUUUAAGUUCAGCUUUACUCUUUUUUAAAAUAAAUGCUUGAAUAUUUUAAAAAUUAACCAAUGACAGUGCUGUGAGAAUUGUAGUUGUUGUCUUCAUAUAUAGUCAUACAGCUUAUCUUUUUAUGCAGCCAUUAUGCAUUCUUCAUUCUAUAUCAAUAUGUAUGACUUUAAGAUGCACUACUCAGAAUUGUAUGCAAACAGACGUUUAAAUCAUGAAAAGGUUUUGCUUAAACAUGAACUGAUGUUAGUAAUGAUCAAUCGCAAUAUACUCCAGGAAAAGCAGUUACCGUAUUUGAUUUCCCUCCCCGUUAUCAAUUGGAGAGGCGUCUUGCCUCCAAGGAACAUUUCCCCCUUAAUUCUGCUCUCUGUUGUGUGAAGCACAUCUACACCCCAUUCUGUGUGUUGUAUCAACCCACCGUUUGCAUCAACUGAGUGUUUUUAAUAACUGCAUUCUGAUCAGGAACAGCCGAUAGGAUUGAAAUGUUAUCUAGAAAAGGGAAGAAAACAGUUGAAACAGAUGUAAAGAUUUUCCUUAUAGAAGGAAUGGUAUUAGAGAUGAAACUGGCAGCUGCACUCAGUACCAGAAUGUUCAGAUAUGUGGGCAAAUGCAGUAAAACCACAUCAGUUCAUGUGUACAAUGGUGGUGUCAUCUCUUCUUUAUUCUCUAAAAAUAUUCACCUAGCAGAACUACUUGAAAAGUCACAAAAACUUACACCGAACAACUAGUACCUAUGACAAGAACUGGAUUAGACCAUAUCUUCUACCGCAGGGCUGCCUCCUAUGAAACUAUGGUUCUACUUAUAUGUAACAAGCUCCUUUUAGACUCAAGUAUAUAAUUUUUAAGAGCUUUCCAUUUUUAAAUCUUAUGCAACAAAAACAUGACACAGCUGUUGACUGCACAACAAUAGAAUUACAAUUACAUAAGAUUUCACAAGCACAUAACCCACAAAUCACAACCUGUCUGACUCACCUGACCAGAAGACACACAA